AUGGACAUGGCCAACGGGAAUGCGAGCACCUCAGCAUCAGCCCCAGCCCAGAACGGCCAACGGGAUGACGAUGCUGCCGGGUUCAAAUUGAAAUUCUGCACCGUCUGUGCAAGCAACCAAAACAGGUCAAUGGAAGGGCACCUACGCCUCGCUCAGGCCAACUAUCCAGUCAUCUCCUUCGGUACUGGCUCUCUUGUCCGGCUUCCCGGGCCAACCAUAACCCAGCCCAAUGUCUACAAGUUCAACGAGACAUCAUACGACAGCAUUUACCGGGAACUCGAGGCCAAGGACCCUCGGCUGUACCGAGCGAAUGGCCUCCUUAACAUGCUGGGACGGAACCGAGUCAUAAAAUGGGGCCCCGAACGGUGGCAGGACUGGCAAGUCGGCAUGCCUCGGCUCAAGCAUGAAAAGGACAAGGGAAGCGCAGGGAUGGAGGCCGGCAUUGCGGACGUGGUCAUCACAUGCGAGGAGCGUUGUUGGGAUGCCGUCAUUGACGAUCUCCUUAGUCGGGGUUCCCCGUUGAACCGGCCCGUCCACGUCAUCAACAUUGACAUCAAGGAUAAUCAUGAGGAGGCAUCGAUCGGAGGCGGAGCUAUUGUCGACCUCGCCGAUUCUCUCAACAAAGUUGCCGUCGAGGAACGGGAGAAGGUUGGCGCUUCAGCAUUUGACUCUGGGAGCAGCGCCAGCAGAGCGAGCUUUGACGAGCGGGUACCCGAGGUCUUGGCUGAGUGGCAGGAGCGGUGGCCGAAUCUCCCUGCCACAUGGACACUUUCAUGGUUUUAA